AUGAGUAACGUCCACUCGCAUCCGACUUUCAGAUUUCCCUAUUUUGCCGUCGGCUCAACGUUAGGCGUGCCUCCGCCGACGUCACGUGCCAGAAGAAGUGCACUCCGAGUGGAGCCAGAGAUGGUCGCGUCUGCGGCGGUGCCUGAUGCACGUGCUGACCUAUUUGCUGACAUUCUCGGGGGCGAAGUGGUACACGAGACGCGGGAAACGCGCGAGGCGGCGCGCGGUCGCAGCGUGGCGGCGGGCGGUGCGGGGGCGGGGGCCGGGGCGGGGGCGGGGGCGGGGGCGCCCGGCAGGGCUCCCGUGGCGGCCGCCGCCGCGUACCUGGGCGCCGCGCGCUACGUGGCCGGCACGCGGAUCGACACUUCCCUGUUCCGUCCUAUUCCCUUCCGAUCGCAUCAAGAGACGACUACUGUAGGCAGCGGGGCUCCGCGUGUCGACUGGGCAGCUAAGUACCUCCGC